AUGUCAUUUGGAGUCCCUUCUGAUGAGGUAGCGGAGGACUACAAAAAAGCCCUUGAAGAUUUGACUAUGAAUUCGAGAUAUGAGAUCAGCAAUCUAACCGUUAUAGCAAAAGAAAACACAGAACAUGCUUUGGCCAUUUCAGAGGCAUUGAAAAACCAUAUAAAACAGACUUCUCCGCAAAAGAAACUACCUGCUUUCUACGUCCUCGAUUCCGUUGUCAAAAAUGUUGGAACACCUUAUACCCUCUUCUUCGGUCGGCAACUCUAUUCGACUUUCAUGGAGGCAUAUGCUUUGGUUUCUCACGACGUGCGGAGGAAAAUGGAUGAGAUGCUGAAGACUUGGAAAGAGCCAGUACCUGGCUCUAUAGAUACGCGCCCAGUAUUUCCUCCAGAAGUAACUCGGCCCAUUGAAAAUGCUCUUAUAAAAGCCAGGACCUCUGCUCUCCAGCAAGAGCAAUUGAGAAGCCAACAGCAGCUCAUGAAUCGAGGUCGAUCCGCCCGGCCACCUCCAGUUCAACAGUAUCCUCAGCAGUCCGCUAGCUCGGCAUCGUGGCAGCAGUCGCAGCCUCAGGGAUACCAGUCACCAGAGGCAAGUGUAGAUGCAUUGAACAGAGAUAUCUCCUACCUCAUCACCUCUUCAAAGGCAGAAUUUACCCAGAGCCCAUAUGAUGGUAGUAUACAAACAAGACUCAAAGCCUUACUUGAUUUACAAACCAUUUUACAAACUCAAAGGCUCCCGCCUGAUCAAAUAGCAAUGAUAAAAGAUCAAGUUGCGCAACUAUCUGGUCAAUCCCAGCCAGUCCCCAAAAUCCCAUCCCCUAGGCCUGCACCUGUAGCUACGCCAGCAUCUCAACCUCAACCGCAGCCAACUUUAAGCUCUUUGCUGGGCCCCGGUGGGUUGGCUGCUCUGUUAGCCCGACAGUCUGCAACGCCACAGAUACCCACGCCUCCACCCGCUCAAGCCGCUACCGCAAUCCAAUCUCCUCAACCACAACAUGCACUGCCUUCGCAAUUGCCCUUCCAAGCAGCUCCCUCUACACCUGUUCCUGUAUCCGUGCCGACACCCGUAGCAGAUCCCAACUCCCUACUGGAAAGACUUCGAGCUGCUGGCAUGCUGCCCUCAGUGCCAGCAGUAGCAAGCACACCUAUCCAACCACCAAGUGUUUUAGGUGGCACUAUGCCCGCCGGGUUUCCCGCAUCCCUGCCCUUCAUAAGUGCACCUCCCGUUUCGAGGACACCCCUUAUAGAAAUUCCUAAUGAUGUCGUUCUGAAGCCAGCAUCGUUGAAAAUGUUCCGUCCUCAUCUCAUCUCCAGUCUCUAUGAAAAGCUUGGUGCGCCUUGUACCCAAUGUGGACGGCGUUUCCAGUCGGACGCAGAGGGACGAAAGAAGAAAACUGCUCACAUGGAUUGGCACUUCCGUGUUCACCAACGAAUGGCUGAAGCCGAGAAGAGAGGCCAGCAUCGAAGUUGGUAUGUUGAUGAGAUGGACUGGAUAAAAUCGCGAGAACCAGAAGAUGAUCUAGUGAACGACACAUUGGAUAAUACCCAUAGUGUUGCCAGCUCUUCUUCCGCUGCGAAUGCUAAGCCAAAACUUCAAUAUCUAGCGGUGCCAGAUGAUCCUGCUCUUGCUGGCAGUGUUUGCCCAAUAUGUCAAGAGAAGUUUGAGAUGAAAUGGCUAGAUGAUGCGCAAGAGUUCGUGUGGAUGGAUGCCACUAAAGUGGGCGAUCGUAUUUACCAUGGUAGUUGUUAUGCAGAAGCCACAAAAGACAGGGGGACGCCUGAUCCGACGAUUCUGGGCAAGCGCAAGGCGGAGGAUCAGGAGCCCAUAUUACGAACGAGAAUCAAGACGGAGGCAUAG